AAUUAUCUAAUACGGUAUGGCUACCUCCAUCCUGGUUAUGGUUGGUUCCUUGGCAAUACUGAAGCCAAGAUUGAACUUCAAGCUGCUCUCCAGAGAUACCAAAGAGUUGCAGGAAUAACAGUUACAGGUUUCUUUGAUGAAAAUACAUUUAAAAUGAUGAGGAAAAAACGAUGUGGUGUUCCAGAUAUGAAUUAUGCACCAAGUUUAGGCCUGAGAGAAGCUAUUUCUCCACGUCGCAAGCGAAGAUUUGCUUUACAAGGGUCAAAGUGGAAGCAUCGUGAAAUUACAUACAAGGUCAGUGACUAUCCCCAAAACCUGUCCCACCAUGAUGUGGAUGCUACCAUAAACGCUGCAUUCAAGGUUUGGAGCAACAUAACAUUUCUACAGUUUACGUGGAAGCCAAGGGAUAUUGUAGACAUCAACAUCCGGUUCCUGUCUGGUAACCAUGGUGACGGGAUGCCAUUCGAUGGGCCAGAUGGAAUCACAGCUCAUGCUUUCUUCCCAAACAGCAACAACGAUGACUUUGAUGGAGAUAUUCAUUUUGAUGCUGAAGAAAAUUGGGUGCUGAGUAACAAAGCUGACCAAAAAUCAGGUCAGAUCAGUCUACUGUGUCAAGCGAUCCACCAAAUUGGUCACUCAUUAGGAUUAUUCCACUCUGAGAGCAUUUCAGCACAAAUGUGGCCAUACAUCAUGGAAUGCAAUGGCACUUCAGUGCAUGCUGAUGACAUUCAAGCACUACAGUCACUCUACAGUCCCUCUGAGGGCAUCCAAACUGCAGUUUCUAGUAAUAUGUCAACCAACAAGGAUGAGAACUUUGAAGAUGACCAUUCAGGGUCACAGGGUUCAAGUUCUACAACAGUCAGCAGCUCCCACUUGACCAGCCCAUCGAUGUCAGCUGGGGACAGAUUCUGGUGGACACACAGCCAAGACACACAGACAGAACGACAAACCUAUCCAUAUUGGUACCGCUUCUCCAGACUGGGGCCAUCAACGACCUCACCCUCGGCCUUACUGACAUCAGCUCAAACUACAGUUAGGCCAAAGUACUGUGAUGGCAGAUUGGAUGCUAUCACUGUUGCAACAGAUCACCUGACCUAUGGAUUUAGAGAUGAACUGGUGUUCAGGUUCAACCAGAUCAAUGUUGAUUACACAUUUCCAAAGAAAAUUCAAGAAGUCUUCCCCAGGGGUCCUUUGUCUGUAGAUGCUGCAGUGACCUUCAGUAAAAAUCGAAAGAAAGCAGCCCUUGGUAGCACAUACCUAAUAAAAGGCAACCUAGUUUGGCGCUACAGACACACAGAGGACGGUUUCCAACUGGAACACUUCUAUCCAAAACCCUGGGCCAAAGAAUGGGAUGUAACUGGUACCAAAAUUGAAUCAGCCUUUAAAUUAGGCCGGAAAAUCUACCUGUUAAUUGACAAUCGAAUCUGGUUGUUGAAAGGCAAGAAAUCUCGUCAACGGAAGUAUGAGAAGAAGCGAAUUAAACUGUUCAACCAGCUGCCAGACUUCCAGGCUGCAGUACAAUGGAUCAACAGGAAUACCUAUUUCUUCACUGGCAAUGAGUAUUACAGAGCUGACUUGCCAGCACAGAGGAGACGAUAUGUACUGAAUGGACCGAGGGAUACAGCAUAUUGGUGGUUUGGCUGUAAUGAAAUACCACACAUACGGCAACCUUUUGAAGAUAAAGAUGAUAACGGGUGGGAUCUUGAACUGACUAAAUAAACGGAUGAGUGAAUGAAUGGGGUAGAUGACUGAAUGGGUAGAUGGGUAGAAGGGUGGGUAAGUUGAAUGGAUGGAUGAAUUGUGUUAAGUGAGUAAAUAAAUAGGUGGGUAGGUGGAUGGUGGUGUAUAGUUGGAUGUCAGUGUAGGUGCAUGGAUGGAUGAAGAGACACAUAGCAUACAAACAUACAUACAUAUUUUAGCAGAUAUAUAGACAACUAUAUUGCCAAAUGAAUAGAUACACUGACAGAUAUAUAUAUAUAUAUAUAUAUAUAUAUAU